UCGGCGCCAGCAGCUCCAGCAGGCGGCGGAAGGGUUAAAGUAAUCCCUGCCGGGGAGGAGGCGGAGAUUCCAGCUGGGACUCAACCGGACCAACCGACGGAGCAGCACUCCAACCUGAGACGGAAAAUUCACUUUGUUGCGUUCCAGUUUGCGCUCAUCUUUGCGGCCGCUUUCCGGCUCCGGUUCGUCUUUGCGCACAGUUCGGACCGAGACGCGCCUUCACGGCCCCGACGGAGGAGUCGCGGCUCCGCUGUCAGCGAUGGGAGCAGCAGUGAGGGAGGCUGCAGAGGCGAAGUCGAGCUGAAGGAUCAACAGGACGCUGCUUUCUGUGUGCACACGUCAAGACAAUGGAGAGCCGCCGCCGCUGUCGCCCCGAGCCGCCCGUCCGCGCCGCGGAGCCGCGCACCGGAGCGGCCGCGUCCGUCUGAGCGCCCCGUUCUGCCGCGGUCGGAGCGACGAGGGCUCCGAUGGGAGAGUAGAACCCGUUGGUGUGUGCACAGUAGAACCGACAGGAACCAGGGAUUCGACUCGUAAACACGCACAGUGACACCAUGUGGAGCGCGGCGCCGUGGACGCGCACAGCGGCUCUGUGCUGCUGCGUCCUGCUGCAGACGUUGGUGCACAGCGCCGGAGGUCUCAACAUGUGCAUGAGCGGCAGCGCUACUUCCUGCGAGGAAUGUCUGCAGAUCCACCCGAGCUGCGCCUGGUGCGCACAGGAGGACUUCGGCAGAGGAUGGACGUCGCGCUGUGACUUCUUUACAAACCUGCUGAAGAGAGGCUGCGAGAACCGCUUCGUCGAGUUCCCCAGCAGCAGGACCUCCAUCCUGGAGAGCCGGCCCCUGAGCUCCAAGGGCUCUGGGUCGGCCCAGUACGACGUGGUCCAGAUCAUGCCUCAGAAGAUCUCCCUGAGCUUGCGGCCAGGAGGCCAGACGUGGUUCGGGCUGCAGGUCCGGCAGGUGGAGGACUACCCGGUGGACCUGUACUACCUGAUGGACCUGUCUCUGUCCAUGAAGGACGACCUGGACACCAUCCGGAACCUGGGCACCAAGCUGGCCCAGGAGAUGGGGAAGCUCACCAGCAACUUCCGGCUGGGCUUCGGCUCCUUCGUGGACAAGAACAUGUCGCCGUUCUCCUACACGGCAGAGAAGUACCAGGAGAACCCCUGCAACGGAUACAAGCUGUUUCCCAACUGCGUCCCCACCUUCGGCUUCCGUCACAUCCUCUCCCUGACGGACAAAGUGGACCGCUUUAACGAGGAGGUGCAGAAGCAGAUGGUUUCUCGCAACCGAGACGCUCCGGAGGGCGGCUUCGACGCCAUCCUGCAGGCUGCAGUUUGCAAGCUCACCUGUAAAUGGACUCCAGUGGAAUUUCCAGUGUUUGUUCAGUGGAUGAGUCAGACCGUCUGA